GGGCUAAUAAUUGUCCUUAUCCUUUCAUUGUCAUUGGCACGAUGUUUUCAUUCAUUAUGUAGGCUGCAUUUCUCAACUUGGAACGGUUGACUAUCACCCACUCAAAAAACUUGGAGACGAUAUGGCAGAGCAAAGUACAUGCAGAUUCCUUUUCUAAACUAAAAUCUUUAACAGUUGAAAACUGUGAAAAGUUAUUGACUAUUUUUCCUUCUACUGAGGCUGCAUUUCUCAACUUGGAACGAUUGACUAUCACCCACUCAAAAAACUUGAAGAUGAUAUGGCAGAGCAAAGUACAUGCAAAUUCCUUUUUCAAAUUGAAAUCAUUAACUGUUGAAAACUGUGAAAAGUUAUUGACUGUUUUCCCUUCUACUGAGACAGCAUUUCUCAACUUGGAAGAGUUGACUAUCACCCACUUGAAAAACUUGGAGAUGAUAUGGCAGAGCAAAGUACAUGCAGAUUCCUUUUCCAAACUGAAAUCAUUAACAGUUGAAAACUGUGAAAAGUUAUUGACUGUUUUUCCUUCUACUGAGGCUGCAUUUCUCAACUUGGAAUGGUUGAAUAUCACUCACUCAAAAAACUUGAAGACGAUAUGGCAGAGCAAAGUACAUGCAAAUUCCUUUUCCAAAUUAAAAUCAUUAACUGUAGAAAACUGUGAAAAGUUAUUGACCGUUUUCCCUUCUACUGAGGCUGCAUUUCUCAACUUGGAAGAGUUGACUAUCGCCCACUUAAAAAACUUGGAGAUGAUAUAGCAGAGCAAAGUACAUGCAGAUUCCUUUUCCAAACUGAAGUCGUUAACAGUUGAAAAUUGUGAAAAGUUAUUGACUGUUUUUCCUUCUACUGAGGUUGCAUUUUUCAACUUGGAAUGGUUGACUAUCACCCACUCGAAAAACUUGGAGAUGAUAUGGCAGAGCAAAGUACAUGCAGAUUCCCUUUCCAAACUAAAAUCAUUAAGAGUUGAAAAUUGUGAAGUUAUUGGCUGUGUUUCCCUUUACUGAGGUAAUAUGUUUCUCAUUUCACUUUCGUUUUGGUUUUAAUUUUAGGGGCUAAUAAUUGUUCUUAUCCUUUCAUUGUCAUUGGCAUGAUGCUUUCAUUCAUUAUGUAGGCUGCAUUUCACAACUUGGAAGGGUUGACUAUCACCUACUCGAAAAACUUGGAGAUGAUAUGGCAGAGCAAAGUACUUGAAGUUUCCUUUUCCAAAUUGAAAUUAGUAAUAGUUGAAAACUGUGAAAAGUUAUUGACUGUUUUUCCUUCUACUGAGGUUGCAUUUCUCAACUUGGAAGGGUUGACUAUCACCCACUCAAAAAACUUGGAGAAGAUAUGGCAGAGCAAAGUACUUGCAGAUUCCUUUUCCAAACUGAAAUCAUUACUAGUUGAAAACUAUGAAAAAUUAUUGAUUGUUUUUGCUUCUACUGAGGUAAUACGUUCCUGGUUUCACUUUUGUUUUGGUUUUAAUUUUAGGGGCUAAUAAUUGUCCGUAUCCUUUCAUUGUCAUUGGCACGAUGCUUUCAUUCAUUAUGUAGGCUGCAUUUCUCUGCUUGGAACGGUUGACUAUCACCCACUCAAAAAAGUUGGAGAUGAUAUGGCAGAGCAAAGUACAUGCAGAUUCCUUUUCCAAACUAAGAUCUUUAAGAGUUGAAAAUUGUGAAAAGUUAUUGAGUAUUUUUCUUUCUACUGAGGUUGCAUUUCUAAACUUGGAAUGGUUGACUAUCACCCACUCAAAAAACUUGAAGAUGAUAUGGCAGAGUAAAGUACAUGCAAAUUCGUUUUUCAAACUGAAAUCAUUAACCGUUGAAAACUGUGAAAAGUUAUUGACUGUUUUCCCUUCUACUGAGGUAACGUGUUCCUUAUUUCACUUUCGUUUUGGUUUUAAUUUUAGGGGCUAAUAAUUAUCCUUAUCCUUU